AUGCCACCACUUCCAGCAGACCGAGUCCAGCAAAGAUUGCCAUUCCAGUCAAUUGGAGUGGAUUAUGCUGGUCCGACACUCACUAAAGUCCAAGGCUCCCUCGUAAAGUGUUGGCUAGUCUUAAUUACUUGCCUCACGACAGGAGCAGUUUAUAUUGAGCCUACAUUGGAUUUAACAGCCGCCUCGUUUCUCAAUGUUUUUCGCCGUUUCAUCAGCCGGCGUGGACGUCCAGAUCGCGUACUUAGUGACAAUGGACGUAAUUUUGUUUUAGCAGAAAAAGCCUUGAGCGCUGCUCUCGUCUCCCACCUAGCAGAGAACAAAAUCGAGUGGAAAUUUAUUCCAGCUCUCUCUCCUUGGGCAGGCGGAAUUUAUGAGAGGCUCAUAGGCAUGGCAAAAACUUGUUUUAAAAGGACGAUGGGAAGACAAGUACUCCCAUAUGAUCAACUCGCAACAUUCACGGCUGAGGUUGAAGCCGCUCUAAAUUCAAGACCUUUAACUCACACAUCAGAUGAGGAAGGAGCUCCUCUUCCUUUACGCCCGGUGGAUUUCAUCCAACCUGGAGCUACACUCAGUUAUGACCUCACGUUCAAGAAAAUCAAAAGGGACAAACAUGUUCUCCCUCACGACCAGCUCCUUACAUUGUGGAAGAGCACUUUAGAAAAUCUUGAUUCCUUCUGGGAACGGUGGAAGAGAGAAUAUCUGGUUAUUCUGCGUGAUCGCUCUAAAUGGGAGCACUCUGGCCCAAGACUUCAGACACACUCAACUCCUAAAUUGGGAGAAGUAGUCUCCAAAUGCCAAAUGGUCGAAUAACAACACGACCUGUUAACAAGAUUUGCCCACUCGAAGCAGGGCCAGAACAAGCCGACAC